AUGGACAACGAUUACUACUCCCUCACUGCCAUCCUCUCCGAAAACCACAAACUGCCAUGCACGUUUGCGCUCGACGUCCCCGGUCUGGGUUACCUCGAGGGCACCGACAACGACUUGCGCGCCGGGGCCAAGCUCGAGCUGCCCAUGUGGCUGGGUCAAACACUGACUCUCAAUGAUUUUGUCCAGUUCAGCCCCCCAGCACCGUUCUCGAGACGUGUCUAUGCCGCGCUCAAGGCCUCGGCGCCGUCUGUGCGCUUGAGCGGCUUUGUGGGCACUGGAGGAUGGUGGUACCGCUUCGGCACUCGGAUUGCCCACAUGUGGGACAACGGCGGCGAUGAGCUGCUCCAGACGUUGUUGAAGGCAUUCACCGGCCGCCUUCCCCCGCUCCACGACCUGGCAUCCCACCACGCAAGCCUGGACACGACCAUCGAGUGCGGAUCUGGUACGGGUGAAGCCUUCCGUGACGGCAUGGAGGCCGACGAGCGAGACUUGUUUUCCAUUGGACAAGAUAGCGGCAAGGUCGUCAAGGCGUGGUACGACACCACUUGGGGACGACGCGAGCGCUCGCGGUAG